GAUGGUCUUACCGGCAGCGCUUGGGGAGACUGGGCCAACUACACCGCCUCGCCUUUGCGAGCGUUCGAGAGCGAGCUUGGAGUGCAGGACCCCGUGGGAUUCUGGGACCCCGUCGGCUUUACUUCCGAUGGAGACGUCGCGUCCUUCAAGCGCCGACGCUCUGUGGAGUUGAAGCACGGAAGGAUUUCCAUGAUGGCCGCCAUGGGUUACAUCACUCCGGAGGUCACGGGCAAGCUGUGGGGCCCUGAGCACAAAGGUGUUUUGUAUGCGUUGUGGUCUUAUGAACAAAUCGCCAACGGCCGCCUCGCCAUGAUGGCCAUCAUCGGCAUGUUCUUCCAG